AUGAACACACCGCCAAAGCCGCUGAACAUAAUGGCGGAUCCUCGGGUCUUCCGAGGGUCCGUCGUCGCCAGACAACGAGAGCAAAUGAUUAAAAUGCGACAGGUAGGUCUUGGAAAUGAUAGUUCUUUUCAAUUAUAACUUACUCUGUAUCCUCUCGUUAUAGAAAACAUCAAGCGGCGGAGGUUUAUUGAUUUUAUUUUAAUUUUAGGGGGUGGUUCUUUUAUUGCCAUUUUUAAACUGAUGUUAUUGUAGGAAAUGGAGAAACAACGACAUGAAGAGCGUUGGCGAGCUUCAGUUGUACGAACACGACUAAAAAUGGCAAUGAAUGAGUCGUCUUUCAUGGCCGAUCAAUUCGACCAGUCGAUCGAUCAACCAGCCGAACCUUACCUACCUCAGGACAAUCUAGUCCAACGCUUUGGACAAUACAAAUUGGCCAGACUAAAUGGUCCGAUUGGGCAAGUACAACUUGGUCCCCCUAUCUUGACGCUCAAUCAAGGCGAUCAAAUCGGUGGGUUACUGUAACAAAGAUUGGUGUUUGGUUUUUAAGGAAGAAGUUUAAGAGAGGUUAUAGUAAGAUAGAGAAUAGUAGGGUAGGGUAGGGUAGGGUAGGGUAGGGUAGGGUAGGGUAGGGUAGGGUAGGGUAGGGUAGGGUAGGGUAGGGUAGGGUAGGGUAGGGUAGGGUAGGGUAGGGUGAGGUAAGGUAGAGUGGUGUAGGGUAUCUUAAAGUAGAGUAACCCAUCCUACAACACCUUCUUCAAUCUUGACGAACUUCUCUUCAGAAUCCCCCCAAUCCAUCGACGCCAAACUUCGGUUUGGAUCGUUGACAGACCAACCUCUUCAUCGUCGCACCUUCCAAGAAGCUCAACGAUGUUCUCUAGUGCCAUCCUCAUCUAGGCAUACCGUAGCUUCACCUGCCCUCCCAGCACUGCCAAGCCUUCCACCAAGUGUCCAAUCUGGCCAAUCCAGAAGGCCAAGUCAAUUCAAAAAUGUCAGAUUUCUACCGAUUCGACGAGCUCAAACUGAUAAGAACCUCAUGGGUAAUAAUUUAUGUUUAAACAAUUUUUAAAAUUAAAAAAAAUUACCUUUUUAUUCAAAAAAUUUUUAAAAACUAAAAAUUGUACCAAUAUUAAUCAUGCCUUUCUUAGGCUCAACCACCAUGCCUCCUCUACUGCCUGGCCAAGUUGAUCUUUCUGGUCCAAUGCGAAGAGGACCACCUGCCAAAUAUGGGCGACGAAGUCAAUCACAAAAGAAUCUACCUAUACUUGCUAAUCAACGACAUACCAAGACAUGGGACGACAUUGAAGACCUCACAGAUCCUCCCCCGACAGCCAUCACAAUACAACCCAUGAACAAUGUCGAGAUUCAGACCGAGGACUUUUUGGUAAGACCUUAUGACAUUAUGUUGUUAUUGACCUUUAUAUUAGCUUUAUCGUUUGUGGUUAAGCUAUAUGUUCGCUCAACUUUUAAAAAUAAUUUUGAAUUAAAAAUAUAGUCUAAAGUCAUACAAAUAGUAUUGUAUGUAUAUACUCAUUACCUCUUUCCAGACCUUUGAUGACACCUUCGAACCAUUGGUCAGAGAAAUGGUAGCCGGAGCGAUGGCCGAUGCCAUGAGAAAGCUGAUGGAAGAAGAAGACAUAGAAAGGUACCGACAACAAGUCACCGAACUCAUGGAAGCCAUUGACGAAGAGAAACAGAGGAACAUCCAGCUACAGGAGAGUAUCCAACAUCACACCCAGAUCCAGAAGGCCCUAGAAGUCGAGAAGAAAACGGCCGAUCUCAAGAUUGAUGCUCUGGAUUGUCGUCGAAUGGCCAUAGAGUAUGUGGACGACCUGAAAAAGAAAUGCCUGAGUCAUCUGAUGAACAGGAAUCUAAUCAAGGACGACCGAUUCAUGAAGGACGUCGCUGCUGACACAAGGCAGUUGGAGGUGGAGAGUUUGAAGAUGAAGCGGACAGUAGAGGAGGUGAAGAAAGACUUCUUCCCCUACGUCUAUCAGAAGGCUGAACAAGUGUAUGUACAUCAGCUGACGUCAAGUUACCUUAAGGACGGUAAGUAUUUAAUUUUUUUGAAUAGUUUUAAAACAACGAUUAACAACAUGAUCAAUGAUAAUAUUGUUACAGCUCUGUUCUGUAAAAACAAAGAGUUCCGCCAAGACGCAUUCCAAAGACUCAACGAACAUAUCCAACGUUACAACAAGAUUCUAGGCCGAAAACCUACUAGGUCCAGCUCAUUAGCCACGUCACGUUCCCCUACCCCUCCCAUCUCUGCCAUACCAUUCCAACGUAACGUAUUUUAA